ACCGCCGAUGUAAUGGAUCAAUGAAUGAGGAAGGGAAACUCUUCAACUCUGAAACUAGCUACAUUGGACUGAGUCAUACCAUUUGCGAACAGGAAAGAACACAUUACUUUUAAAGUCGCAAUCAGUCAUGGCUGCAGAUGAGAACAUAUUUCUUAGAGCUAAAGAUCGGACCUUUACAGGGCUGACGGAAGAAGAGCAAGGAGAGUGGAGCGGGCCGUUCUACUUCAUCCAGGCGGCAGACCCUCAGCUAGGCCUGAUGAAGGCAUGGAAAGAGGGAAACUGUGACAGUCCAGGCGAAGAGUGGGCGGAGGAGGUCCGCCUGACCAAACAGGCAGUGCAGGCGGUCAACAAACUGAGCCCCAAGCCUCGUUUCAUGGUGCUGUGUGGGGACCUGAUUCAUGCCAUGCCAGGCAAGCCUUACAGGGAGGAGCAGGAGAGGGACCUGAAGGAGGCCCUGAAGGACGUGGACCCCGCCGUCCCGCUGGUGUUCGUCAGCGGGAACCACGAUGUGGGGAACACGCCCACGGCCGGCACGGUGGAGCUGUACCGGCGCGGCUGGGGCGACGACUACUUCAGCUUCUGGGUGGGCGGGGUGCUGUGCCUGGUGCUGAACUCGCAGCUGUUCUUCGACGGCUCGGCCUGUCCCGAGCUGCGGGACGCCCAGGAGGCGUGGCUGGAGGAGCAGCUACGGAGGGCGGCGCGGAGCCGCUGCCGCCACGCCCUGGUCUUCCAGCACAUUCCGCUCUACGUGCGCACUCCGGACGAAGAGGACGACUACUUCAGCCUGCAGCGAGGCGUCAGGGAGAGUCUUAUCAAGCGAUUUCUGCAGGCAGGAGUGAAGGCAGUUUUCUCUGGACACUACCACCGGAAUGCGGGGGGGAUGCACGACGGCUUGGACAUGGUAGUGAGCUCGGCGAUCGGUUGCCAGUUGGGAACUGACCCCCACGGCAUGAGAGUGGUGGUGGUGACCGAAAACCAAGUGGUCCAUCGCUACUACAGUCUGGAUAAGCUGUGUGAGAGUGGGAUGGAUGAGGAUAUGAAGAAACUGCUGUGUUGAGUGUGCAGCCCCUCACAGUGCUUUCAGCCAAUGGCAUUCCGUUUGAGCUCCCACUGUGACGAUUCUUCUGCUGAACAGGACCGCCUGUCUUCUGAAAUCCAGAUAGAAUAAGUAAAAAUAAACAAACUCCCCUAAUCACCUUCAGGACCAUGCAUUUACAUCAUUAAUGUGUUCCACCUCACUGCCCAGAUACAUUUGUGUGCUGUAGAAUUGUCUCAGGAGAAGCCUUGCAGAAUCAAAAUGAUGGCCAACCUACUAUAUUAUAACAAAAAUAUGCACUUUAAUGUUUCUCAGUACAGUAACUGAUUGCAACAAACAAAAACAUAAACAGCUUCUUAGUACAUUAAAGGCUUUUCUCAUCAGCUGAAAAAAGAAUACCGCAAAUGCUCUCAGGUUUCUUGUUUAAUUAUUAGUUUUGUAUGAUUAAAAGAUAUGAACAUUUGACCGAUGGUAAAUUUCUCUGAAAUUCCAAGAACAUCUUUGUUCAUGAUUGGCCGCACAAAAAAUGUCAAAUUGCUGUGUAAUAUGUGACUGUUCCAUUCCUCUCUCACUGUGCUGUAAUCAUUCAGCCACACCUGUUCCUGCCUGGGGUAUACUACUGAGGUAGUGUUUUGGAUCAGGGUGAUGGUUGAAUGGUUGUUGUGUGUACAUGCAAGUAUGCACUUACUCAUAGAUUGAGAUAGGUGCUGUAUUGUUAUGUAGGCCCCUUUACCACAAUCCUUCCAAACAGGAGAGCAAGGAGAAUGCAUUUUCCAUGGACAAAUAUGAAACACAGCCUAGACGGACAGCACUCCGAAUACCGAAGGCAAGCUUUUCAAAGAAUUCUCCAGCCUCUUUUCACACCAUGGCAGAUUACUGCUUCAUCGAGAUUGCAGGAUUAUAGUAACUAGCCAGAGCACUUCUAUAUUCUCACUAGUAUAUUUUUAGUCUGUUGUCUGAGUAGUGUACUGUGUCACAUUUCCACUGUUAAGAAUGAUUAUUAGAUUUUUAGAGCUCUGAUGUUUUUACUGUAAACUUCAUGCAGUUCAGUUAAUGCUGGCCCACAUAAUACGCAAGGCACAUUAUUGCUGAAAUAUUUUAAAUUGUAUUUUUUUUUUCUUCAAACAAAUGGUCAUUAAAGAAAUCCAAUUAGUGGACCAUAACAGCGAUUUCAUUGAACUUUGCUAAUAAAAUUACUACUGUAA